AUGACCCGGAAGCUGCCGCCAGACCCGAGCUGUUCCAUCGGCGGAGUAAAGAUGGCUGACCAAGGCGCCGCAGAUCCUGGAAAUAACAACAAUAAUAAACCUGAAGAAGCAGAGGGAACUAUUAUUAAGGUCACAGUGAAAACACCUAAAGACAAAGAAGAAAUCGCCAUCGCAGAAGAUGCUUCUGUCACUCAGUUUAAAGAAGAGAUCUCAAGGCGGUUCAAAGCCAAACAGGACCAGUUGGUUUUGAUUUUUGCAGGGAAGAUCUUGAAGGAUGGCGACAGCCUCAGCCAGCACGGCAUCAAGGAUGGCCUGACAGUUCACCUGGUCAUAAAGACGGCACAGAAGGCAGGAGAUGGCGGUAGCACCUCGGCCUCUAGCUCGACCUCCACUCAGGCAGGCAAUUCCUCCGCCUCUAGUCCGGGUAUCAACCCCUCCUCCUCAGCAGGCUCUACUGGCACUGACGCACCAAACACACAGACGCCCAACAUACUGACUGGCUUUGGUGACCUGGCCGGUCUGUCUGGAAUGGGCAUGGGCUCGGCUAACUUCAUGGAGCUGCAGCAGCAGAUGCAGAGGCAGCUCAUGUCCAACCCAGAGAUGCUGUCUCAGAUCAUGGAGAACCCGUUGGUACAGAACAUGAUGUCCAACCCAGACCUGAUGAGACAGAUGAUCAUGGCCAACCCUCAGAUGCAAACGCUGAUGGAACGCAACCCGGAGAUCUCCCACAUGCUCAACAACCCGGAGCUCAUGAGACAGACCAUGGAGCUAGCCAGGAACCCAGCCAUGAUGCAAGAAAUGAUGCGAAACCAGGACCGGGCUCUGAGCAACUUGGAGAGCAUCCCAGGGGGUUACAAUGCGUUGCGGAGGAUGUACACGGACAUCCAGGAACCCAUGUUUAGCGCUGCCAGGGAACAGUUUGGCAACAAUCCAUUCUCAGCUCUAGGUGGGAACUCUGAGUCUGGUGCCCAGCCAUCACGGACAGAGAACCGGGAGCCCCUGCCUAAUCCAUGGGGGCCACAAAAUUCUUCUAACCCAUCUGAGAGUGGAGGGGCCACCACAGGAAGCACUAGCACCCCUGGGGGCACCAAUCCCAGUGUGUCCAACCCUCUGGGCAUCAACGCUGGCAGCCUGGGCAAUGGGAUGUUCAACAGCCCGGGCAUGCAGAGUCUAAUGCAGCAGAUCUCGGAAAACCCUCAGCUGAUGCAGAACAUGCUCUCGGCUCCCUACAUGCGCAGUAUGAUGCAGUCGCUCUCUCAAAACCCAGAGUUGGCCUCCCAGGUGUUGAUGAAUAACCCGUUGUUUGCUGGAAACCCACAGCUGCAGGACCAGUUUAGAUCUCAGUUACCCAUCUUCCUGCAGCAGAUGCAGAACCCAGAAGCCAUGGGAGUGAUGACCAACCCCCGGGCCAUGCAGGCUCUGAUGCAGAUCCAGCAGGGUCUACAGACGCUGCAGACAGAAGCUCCGGGCCUCAUGCCCAGUUUGAUGACAGGUGGUGUUCCUGGUGGUGUUCCUGGUGGUGUUCCCGGUGGUGUUCCCGGUGGUGUUCCCGGUGGUGUUCCCGGUGGUGUUCCCGGUGGGAUGCCUGGAAUGAUGCCUGGUAUGAUGCCUGGUAUGAUGCCCGGUAUGAUGCCCGGUAUGAUGCCCGGUAUGAUGCCUGGUAUGAUGCCCGGUAUGAUGCCUGGUAUGAUGCCUGGUGGGAUUCCUGGCAUACCCACAGGUGGGGGCCUGCCAACAGAUAACCCGGCCUCCUCACCCGGCGGUGCAGGAACAAAUGCCGCCCAGCAGCAGUUGAUGCAACAGAUGCUCCAGAUGUUUGCUGGUGGAGGAGGAGGAGGAGGAGGAGGAGGAGGAGGAGGACUAGUAGGCGGACUAGGAGGAGGAUUAGCAGGAGGACUAGCAGGAGGACUAGGAGGAAGUGCAACGCCCCAGACCCCCGAAGUGCGGUUCCAGUCCCAGCUGGAUCAGCUGAGCUCCAUGGGCUUCAUCAACCCCGAGGCCAACCUGCAGGCCCUCAUCGCUACUGGAGGAGACAUCAACGCCGCUAUCGAGAGACUGCUGGGCUCACAGCCCUCGUAAAGACAUACAGUACAUACUGAUCCACAGACACGUGCAUUCAGACAUACCUAAAUCAUAAACACACCCAGCAUCUACAGAGAACCAAGAGAAAUUUAAGUGUAUUGUCCCAAACUUUACAGAAGAAACUUGGGCAGGAUCUGUCAGACCCUCAUUCUACAUCUGUUCUCAGAUUAUUUCCCUAGUCCCUAUUCUUUUUGGCGUCGUCCAACCAGAUCUCUGUCCCAGAGUGCUGCUGUAGAGCUGGACUGAACCAAUCUCACCUUGAGGGGUGUUCUGGUGCAGAGAAAAGGAGCGAAAACCUCUCCUGAAAAGGGACUCCCAAGCAUUUCUUCAUUCAUUGUUUUCUUCCCAUUAAACUGGAGUCGAGUGUUGCAGACAAACAUUUGCAUAAUACAGAUUAAACCCAUGUGAUGUGAUUGGCUGUUGGCUCUGUUUCACACACGGCCAUUGUGUUGCAGUUUGUUAGCAUUUAUCUAGCUAAUCAGUUCGUGAACAUUUUUUCUGGUAUAGAGACGGAAAUCAUGAACAAGAACAGGAAGAUAUCUUGUCCAUACAGACGUUCAAACCCAUUCCUCCCUCUUUCCCCGCUCUCGAGAUUCUUCAUAAAUAGCUGUUUUUGCCCGAUGACUUUCACUAUUUAUUGCAAGCGCUUAAGAAAAUUAAGGCCUCCACACUUCCCUAAACUUGUAAUUUGUCAUUCCAAAAAUAAAGUGCCCACUCACGGGUGUCUUUUCCUUCUGAGGCACCGCUGCUGUGCCUUCUGUCCCCCCCCUGCCCUAUAAGAGCAUUGUUGGCAAAUGACACUCCCCCCUUCAGUGGGUCAAUUAGACGCCCCUAAUAAAUCUCACACAUGAUCAUCCGGGACCGUAACCAUAACAAAAUAUCACUCUGUAGCAGCUCCGGAGGACGCUGUCAGGAUGAAUAUGAAUGAAACCAACUUUCUUUUUAAUCUGAUUCUUCUUUUUUUAAUUAUAUCUUCUCUUUUUUUGGGGUGCAGUUAGUACCUAGAGAUAAUUGUGAUUUGUCUCGCAUACAAAUAAACAUUGAAAUCGAGUAAAAAGUAAAUGAAUGGAAAAGCUUUACAAACAUUUAUGGUAUGGUGGCACCAUACAUUUCUAAAAUCAAGUUAUAGGUUGUCUUAUUUUUUUUCUUCCUUUUUGAAAAUUUCAGCAUUGUAGUUGUGGUAACCUUGGCAACUGCUUCUAUAGCUUUGCUUUGUUUGUUGACCUCAGCUUAAAAAAAAAAAAUCCAUCUCACAAUUGAACAUGUUGAAACUAACUUUUAACAGUACUGUACUAAAAAAGAAUAAAACAUGGUCAAAAUCAGUCUACGCCCUGUGUCAGGUGAUUAUAGCCUUGUGACGGUGUAGAUAGGAGUGUGUAGCUUUUCAUUCAAAUGUCCUGCUCAUGAAGUUCUUAUAAAGUCAUUACGUUUA